AUGAGUAAAUUUGGUAACACCGGGUACCACUUCUGGUUCAAGCUUCGUUCGGUCAACAUCCACUGGUACCAGACGAUCGACAAUGAGGCAGAAUUCGCCUUCUCCAUUUACGACUCAGACGGCACCAACGUCAUCGAUGCGGUUGAUCUUGGCAACGUCCUUCGCGCGUUGAACUUGAACCCUACGAAUGCGACUAUUGAAAAGAUGGGCGGCACGAAGAAGAAGGGCGAAAAGAAAAUGAAGCUGGACGAAUUCCUGCCUAUCUUCAGCCAGUGCAAAAAGGAUAAGGAACAGGGAUGUUACGAGGACUUCCUCGAGUGUUUGAAGUUGUACGACAAACAGGAAAAUGGAAUGAUGCUUGGCGCAGAAUUGUCUCACACACUUUUAUCACUUGGUGAACGUCUUACUGAUGAGGAAUGCGACAUAGUGCUGAAGGAUUGCAUGGAUCCAGAAGACGACGACGGUUUCAUCCCCUAUUCUCGUAAGUAUCAGUUCGUUUUGGGCCGGGUAUCGUGA